ACUCCGGUGGACGCAUCGGUCCCCCCGCAGCAUCCAGACCUCACACCGACUCCAGAGCGACUCAGGCCGGGACGGAGCGCCGCUGGACCGGGAGGAGGACCGGGGAUCCGUGCGAGAGCUCAGGGGGGGGGGACUCCCGCUGCACUUCUGAGGCUGAACCUCGAGAUUCAAAGACUCAGAGGAGGAUGAAUCCUCAGUGCGCCCGAUGUGCGAAGAUCGUCUACCCGACGGAGAAAGUCAGCUGCCUGGACAAGAACUGGCACAAAGGAUGUUUCCACUGCGAGGUUUGCAAGAUGACUCUGAACAUGAAGAACUACAAAGGCUACGACAAGAAACCCUACUGCAACGCACAUUACCCCAAGACCUCGUUCACCAUCGUGGCCGACACACCGGAGAACCUGAGACUGAGACACCAGAGUGAGCUGCAGAGCCAGGUGAAGUAUAAGAAGGACUUUGAGGAGAGUAAAGGUCGAGGGUUCAGCAUCGUGUCCGACACUCCAGAGAUGCAAAGACUCAGAAGGACUCAGGAGCAGAUCAGUAAUGUAUGUGUACAUACACACACACACACGCACACACACACAUUGUCCUGGUGUUGAGUGUGAGAGUGAGUGAAUGUGAUGUGAAGGAUUUACGUGUGUUGUAUGAGAAGGGGUGCAGUUAGUUGGUGAGCAAAGUCACACACACACACACACACACACACACACACACACGCACACACACACACACACACACACACACACACACGCACACACCAUGGAGCCCUCCAGUGUUGCAGACUCCAGACGUUGAAGUGGAGCUUCGUCUUCAACCGUCAGUGUAAGUGUGAGUUUUUGUUUAAUUGAUCUAACGUCACGUUUGAAAAGCAGCAGAAUCAUAUUUUAAUAUUGAACCAUCAGAGUUUCAGACGGAGGAUGAAGGACACCGGGGGUCACGUGAGCGAUGAUGAUGAAGGUCGCCUGAGGUCAAGCAGAUGAUGAAGAUACG